UCAAGACAUGGAAAUGUCAAAACAAAAAAAUCUGCGUUUUUUUUAUUUCGAACAUAACCUUAUUCGGACCAAAACACAGUAUUGGAAACCAUUUUAUUACCGGUUGAAAUAUGCAGCGGUACUUAUUAAAUGCUGCAUACAUUGGAACAAAAUACAAUGGAGUAUCGAAAAAUGUUAAUCAAAAGAACUCCCGUUCGAUUGAAGAUGCUCUUAGCGAAGUACUGGCCAAACUCACCAAAAGGAACGAUACUUUAAUACACACAUCAAGCAGGACUGAUGCUGGUGUUCAUGCCACCAAUACCACAUUUGCGAUCGAUGUGAAUAAGAAUUUGCCAUCCUGGGCGAUAACAAAAAGAUUGAAUACCACUUUUAAUACGUGGCAUGAUCAAAUACGAAUAUUAAAAACGACCCCAAUAACCAAUGAGUUCGAUGUGCGUCGAGAUGUACUAAGUCGAUCAUAUUUGUAUCGGUUUGCUGUUUGCAAGGAGCCGAUUCCAAAAGGAGUGAAUUCACAAAUCUACAAAUGUUCAAUGUUCAUUCCAAUUGAAGAGAGUUUUCGUUGUUAUUUUGCGCUAAAUCAAGACUUUCACAUUGAACGUGUGAUAGAGGCGGCUAAACAAUUAGAAGGUUAUCACGAUUUUCGAUCGUUUAUGCAUGUUUCCAAAAAGCAAAAAACGUUUCAUCCAAGGUUUUGUGUUCGAAGAAUGGAUAGUAUAGAAGUUCGACCAGGUAAUACACUGGCCACAUCGGUUAAUUAUGAAAAAACAAUGGCCAAUUUUGACUUUUGGAAUAUUGAAUUCAAAUCGAGAGCGUACUUUUAUCGACAAAUACGAAACAUGGUCGGCGUUUUAAUUGCAGCUGGAAAUGGUAAACUAACAUCUAGAGAUAUUUAUGAAAUGAUUACCAUUCCAUCAAAAAACACGCAUAAACUACCAGUGCCGAGCCAUGGACUUUAUUUAUCAAAUGUGGAAUAUUCAGCCGAACACCUUGCCAAUUGCACUCGAACCGAGAAAAAUUUAUCGGAAAAUGAAAUGAUUUCAAACAAUGAAGAUGUAGAAUUGCGACAGAGCUUAGCAUAAAGAAAACUGUAAAUUAUUAUAUUCAAAAUAUAAGAUGCCACUAGUGACAUCAUGUGAAUUAAGGUUAAAACACAACAAAUACAUUGAAAAGUAGAACAGAUGUUAAUGUCAAAAUAUGAAGAAUACAUUUGAGAUUUUUAGAUGUUGUCAAGACAAUUCUUUCUGAAGUUAAGUUUAAAAACGGCGUUUUAUUAAAAAAAUGAGCUUCCUUGAUCAGUUAAAAGCUAAAAAAAAGUGCUUAAAAUCAACCGUAACAAAUAUUACACAUGCCGACGGAUCUCAAAAGCAAAUAUUGUUAACAAAGACCGGAGACGAAGUAUUAGAAACUUCAAGAGUACAACUUAAAUCAAAAACGUAUGGAUUUAUAGUGGAUACAAAGCCAGAUUUUGUGCCUGCAUGCAUUUCGGAUGAUUUUCUGUAUUUAGGCUCACAAGAUGCGGUUACACAAGAAAAUGUUCAAAAAUAUAAAUUCACCGAUAUUUUGAGCAUUGGAAUUGAAACACCGCCAUCAGAUAUUGACUCAAAUGCAAUUCGUACUCAUUAUGUGGCAUGUCUUGAUUUGCCAGAGACAUGUUUGGAAGCAAUCGUUAGACAAUCGAAUCAAAUUAUAUGCGACGUUCAUGAACGAACGGGACGAAUUUUAAUUCAUUGUAAUGCAGGUGUGAGUCGUUCUUCAACAAUUUGCAUAGCAUAUUUAAUAUUGGAACAUAAAAUGAGUUUCGAUGUAGCAUUUGCAUUAGUGAAAUCAAAACGAGAAUGUAUUCGACCAAACGAUGGAUUUUUGAAGCAACUCAAACAAAUGGAUCACAGCAAUGGUGUUUAAGUGUUACAUAUCAGAAACAGUGC